UCUGCAUCCUUGAAAAUGACGUGGACUUGCCCAGACUGUCAGUUCACCUGCUUACGAGCUGGCAGCCAUCGUGGAAGCGGGAAAUGCCUCGAGCGCCAAAGAAAUGGUCUAGGCCGCGUUCAAGGACCCCCACAGGCUCAGCGCGUCUAUCGCCAUCUAUCGCCCGCGCGCAGCCGUCUAUCGCCCGCGGUCGGAACGACCCCCUCCUUUAUCACGGCUAGGAGAAAAAUUAUGCGCCGGAUACCAAAAGCCGCCCGCGCAUCGGUAGCCAUAGCUUUGACGAAGCUUAUGCAGGGCGUCGUUUCUACCAAUGAUACCCCGUCGUGGCAUAAGCUGCUGUCUGCUCCCUCAGCGAUCCUGUCUCUCCCAGGGGAUACUAAAAAGUCACGGAAAACUUCAAUCACCUCACAUAUACGUGAUCGCAUCGCGAAAUUUGAAAGCGGAGAACUCGAUGGCGAAGAACCCUCCGCUCCUGGCAAGCCUCGGCACGCUACACCCGAGGAUGAGAUUUCCCGUCGUGUUGGCAUUCAAAUUGACGACUUUAAUGUGAGCGGAGCCGUUCGCACUCUCCUUUCGUCGGACUCCGUAGCUGACAUCACUCCAGAGGUGAUAGAGAGCAUGCAGCGCAAACACCCUGCAGCCCCGCUACCUACUCUCCCCGCUGAUCUACCAGCCACGCCGUUUGUCCCGCUUUCUCCAACGGAGGUGUUGUCAGUUUUAGAGGCGAUGCCUCGUGGUAGCGCAGGUGGGUUAGAUUAUUUGCGACCCCAACACCUGCUGGAUCUGAUCGGUGCAAGACUGGAUGACGCUUCGUCUGCUCUGUGUGACUCACUGACAGAUCUGUUAAAUCUUAUUCUGACAGGCAAUAUACCGACGGAAAUUGUCCCUCUGCUUUGUGGUGCCCGACUCGUCGCUCUACGCAAAAAAGACGGAGGCCUGCGUCCAAUCGCUGUUGGCAUCGUGUAUCGACGUCUCGCCGCAAAAGCAGUGGAUAUCCGCAUCCGGCCAGUCACAUCGGAAUUGCUACAGCCACAUCAGCUCGGUUCGGGUGUUAAGAGAGGUGUCGAAGCUGUUAUACAUACUGCUAGAGAUUUCCUCCUACAGUAUAGCAAAGAUGUCAAGGCCCUUCUGAAAAUUGACUUCACGAACGCCUUUAACUGCGUAUCACGGGAAGAAGUGUUGAAAAUAGCCUCUGAAGUCAUUCCGGAAUACUACCCUUUUAUAAAGCUGUGCUACGGUACGUAUUCGAUGCUGUUUUUGGGGGAAACUGUCAUCUCCUCCCAGUCUGGUGUGCAACAAGGAGAUCCUCUUGGCCCUGCAUUGUUUUGUUCGGUAUUGCAACUAAUCAUCGAUAAAAUCAACACGGACUUGAAUGCCUGGUACAUGGAUGACGGGACGCUAGGAGGCCACCCGUCAAGUGUACUACGCAAUUUCCAGCUGCUUAUCACGGAAGCCCUACGGAUUGGCCUUUCCGUCAACAUUGCGAAAUGUGAACUUUUUCUCUGUGGUGGUACUGAAGUACAGCGAUUAUCGGUCAUCGAAAACUUCACUACUUUGUUUCCUGGAAUUACAGUGCUAACAGCAGAUAAGCUUUGUCUGCUCGGAUCCCCUUUGUUACCACCAGCAGUCGUACCGAUUGUUAACGAGAAAAUCAGUCAGCUCGGGGUAAUGUGCAGCCGUUUGCAGUUGAUUCCUAAACAUCAAGCGUUGUUUCUGCUGAAAAAUUGCUUAGGAGCGCCGAAAAUCGUGCAUAUCUUGCGCACCUCUCUCGCCUGGAUGUUUCCGCAGGAGCUGUACAAGCUCGACCAGGUGUUCCGCGAUGCAGUGGAAAUGAUCACCAACGUACGGAUGGAUCAUCCUACGUGGCUCCAGGCAUCUCUCCCCGUUCGCUUCGGCGGCUUGGGAGUCAGACGCACCGAGAAGCUAGCUCCCUCUGCCUACUUGGCAUCGGCUUCCUCGUUGUUUCCGCUGACUUCAAGGCUGUGCCCGACGCUAACGGCUACCGAUUUGUCUGCCGCCACGCGCGCCUGGAAACUAUUGGCUGACACUGAUGAACUUCCGUCUGAAGUGUUACGACAUGUUCAAAAAGCCUGGGACACACCCACAACGCUGAACACUUAUGCAAGGCUAACCGAAUUGCGGGCCACAAAGGAGAAAAUCGCUCACCUAAAGGCGGUAUCUGUCCCCGAAUCUGGUGUAUGGAUUCAUGCGUUACCCGCAGCAUGUCUCGGAAAUUUGCUGGAAAACAACACUUUUCGCAUAAGCAUAGCGCUACGCUUGGGAGCUCCAAUCGUCACUCCUCACGUGUGCGUUUGCGGUGGACUAGUGGAUGAUCUGGGGCGGCACGGGCUCCGUUGUAAACGGUCAGCCGGCAGAUUGCCAAGACAUGAUGGCCUCAGCGGAGAGUUCACCCGCGGCCUGAAAACCGCAGGUUUCCCAGCCAGAAUGGAACCAAAAGGUCUCUCUGUGAAAGAUCGCAAAAGGCCGGACGUGAUCACGCUCGUACCCUGGGAGCGCGGAAAGCCACUGGCUAUCGACGUGACUUGCGUAGACACACUAGCGGCUUCGUAUAUUGAUCGGACCCUGGUGAACGUCGGGGCUGCGGCCGAGCACGCGGAGCGAGGAAAGCUGACAAAACACGGCUGGCUGCAACCAAGGUACAAUUUCAUGGCAGCAGCAUUUGAAAUCUACGGACCCUGGGGAAAUGGAACUAAAACGCUCGUCCAGAAGAUAGGAAACGGAAUUGCAACUGCUACCGGCCAAAAACGCGCAAAAGAGUUUUUUAGGCAGCGGCUAUCUAUUCAAAUGCAACGGGGAAACGCGAUCUGCGUGAUGGGUACAAUCCCCGAACAGGAUAGCAUCGAAGAAGUGUUUUUAUUAUAA